CGAGGUGGUGAAUUCCCAGAAUGAAUGUACUGUCGGGGCCGCCCGGUAGGGCGGAGUCAACCCUGCAAUUAUUCCUGGAAAGCGGAUAGGGAGAAGCUGCCGCGCGGUUCUGGGGAGCGCGCGUCGGUUCAGCGAAGGCACGAGCUGUUGUGUGAAACUAGGAGAACAGCAGUCGACCAACACGACAUGUCUGUGAACGCAUAUCAUGAGAUUGAACUGUGAUAAUAAUAAUAAGUCAAAGAAACAAACACUGAAGCAUGCUGAUGGAGGAGCGACGAGCUGUCACGAAGCGGUCGGUGCGGAAUCGGAGUUGGUGCGUUCGGCGUGACGUCAGAGCCGCCGGUGCUGUGAAGAGUUCUCAGAAUAGACUUCUAGGAAACGCUUUGUCUUAUCUUCUGAAGAAGAAGAAGAAGAAGAAGAAGAAGAAGAAGAAGAAGAAGAAGAAGAAGAAGAAGAAAUACUGACUGGAUUAACCAGAAUUCAAGGAAUAGCAUGAUCCUGUGUGUACCAGGGCCCAGAGCUCCUCUGCCCGCUGCACCGUCCACUGAAGCCCCGCGGGGCAUGCGGGCAGGAACGGUACCUUCCCCCCCUUGCCUUCAAAGCACUCCUCCACUCUGGGAUCCCACAAAGGACCUCAGGGCAAUCGCAAGCAACUUCUGCUAUCUGGAAAAUUCAGGAUGGUACUGGGGAGCUGUUACUGCAUCUCAGGCCCACGCUGCUCUUCAAGAGGCUUCCGAGGGAGCCUUGGUACGGGACAGCAGCCAUCCUCUGUACAUGCUCACCCUCUCAGUCAGGACUGCACGAGGCCCCACGAGUAUACGGAUCCAGUACAGUGGUGCCCAGUUCCUUCUGGACUCCAGCUCCCCGGCCCGCCCCAGCCUGUCGUCAUUCCCCAACGUGCCCAGGCUGGUGCAGCACUACAUGGGACCACAGAGGAAAGUAGAGGAGGGCAAGGUAGAGGAGCAGGCUCCUUUUAAAUCCUCCCAACAGACAAUUCAGGAUACAUCGGUGGUGUUGAAACUAAAGCGGGCUGUUUACAAGCCCCAGAGUCUCCCAUCAUUACAGCACCUCACCCGCCUUGUCAUCAACAGACACACUGACUGCCACGAACAGCUACCACUCCCCAGGCCUCUGCUGCGUUACAUACAGGACUAUCCCUUCAAAGUAUGAGGGGUCCCUUGAGUCCUUUGUUCUGACUGACUUUAAGGAAAAAACUGUCACACAGGUCUGUUGUGCCUGUGAGUGACUCUGCUGGUCCAGCAAUUGGAGGCCAGUCAUGGAAAUACUGGACACAGGGUCACGUUUUUUCGCUGAAAAAAUGUACAAAUUCAGUAAAUACUGUUGUGCCUGGUUUCCGACUAAAUUGGUCAAGGACUGGGGGACGAAUAGCCCCAGAGGAAGACUACAUUUAGGAAAACCUCAGUACUGUAAUCUACACUUACUUUAAGCUGAAUGUGGAAUUUGUCCAUAUCUAUUUGACCCUCAUCAGUUUGGGAUGUACAUCCUGUUAUUAACAAGUACACUGAUUCCAUUCAGACAGACGUUUUACACCAUUUAUUUUUCUCAGUAAGACAUUUUUUCUACCUUUUACAUGUGUACAUUUUCUAUUAAAAUAACCAACUGGAGUCUCA